AUGCUCUCCGCAGUCGGACUCAAGAUUAAAUCUUCGAAAGCACAUGACGGCGGAUGUGGAGCGCCAGGGUUUCCGGAAAUCAUGUCAAUUGCCGCGGAGACUCGUCGGAAGUGUUUGAAAGUGAAGAGUGUGACGGUGCACGGCGUCGAAAUGGGGAGGUUUGAGUUGGCACGACGUCAAAAGACUGAGAGGAGAUUGGUGAAGAUUAUUAUAAAGGACUGGGCAAUGGCAGCGGAGGAGGCCCGCGAAAAGUUAUUGAAAGUGUUUUUCUUGAAAUCCCUAACGGAGCUGUUAUCGUCGGAGCCAUCAUCGUCAUCGUCAGAGCCGUCAUCGUCACCGCAACCAAGAGGUGAAAACAGAACGUGUAACACCCAGGAAGUGAAGAGUAUUGUUUUGGCUUUGCCUGUUUCUAAUAGACAUAAACUGAUCUUUAUGAAAUUUUUUAGUUAUGUGAGAAGAGUUGAAGAUGCAACUGGUUUGACGCAGAUCGUGAAUCAGUCAGGAAGUGCAUCAGGACGUAUGGACGGACAUGUAGCGGAGCUUAACGGAGCUAAAGGAUUGAUGCUGAGCUGGAUGCGAGCUUGUAGCGGUUAA